AUGUCCGAACUCGUCUCCGGUAUCGCUAAGCUCAACCCCUUCUCCAAGCGAUCGGAGGUCGACGAUGAAGACAAGGGUGAGGCCAUUGACGAACAGACUGUGGCUGGUGGUGGCCAUGCCUCCCGACAGUCUGCCAUCACUAAGAAUCAGCUCAAAGUAAGCCGCGCUUUGAGAACGUUUCUAGCGAAAGAAGGCGUGCUCUCUGAAGAUGAAGCCGGCGUGGACCACGAUGAGUCUACUUCAGCUUUGAGAGAGAUGCUCGAUCGCCCGCACAUUCAUGUCCCUCCGGAGGUCCUCGACCGAGGACAUCCGCUGCCGGACUACUUCAUCAGCUCAAGCCACAACACCUACUUGAUGGCUCAUCAACUCUUCGGAGAGAGCCAUGCGUCAGCGUAUGAGAUAGCCCUCUACACCGGUUCUCGUUGCGUCGAGAUCGAUGCCUGGGACAACGAUGACGACAAGAAUGAGCCUAAAGUCACUCAUGGCUACACACUCGUGUCCCAUAUCCCCUUCCGCAAGGUAUGCGAAGUGAUUCGCGACGUCGUGGACAAAGAAGCCCGGGAGGAGCGCCAUGCCGCCCCCAUCAUCAUAUCACUUGAAAACCACUGCAGCAGCCAAGGCCAGCUUCGGUUGGUGCAGAUUAUGAGAGAAGUGUUUGAAGAUCGCCUUCUGAGUAGAUCUAUACGCGAAAAGGGCACUCGCGAACAGGAAGGAGGUGGUGAGCAUGUGACUCUUGCCGAACUUGGCAACAAGGUCGUUGUGAUUGUUGAAUACCAUCUUCCAGACGAGAAAGACAGUGACGACAGCAGUGAUUCAUCCGAAGACGAAGAGCAGCGAAAAGCGCACCAACAGUAUCGAGAGCAAAAGAAGGCAGUCAACGUUGGAGGCAUCAUCCCCGAGCUAGCCGGGCUGGGCGUCUAUGCACAGUCGGUGAAGCCAGUGAACAACUCCUGGUACGAAAGUGUACUUGAGAAUGCACCCCAUCACCAACUGAUCAACGUCUCGGAAACCGGCCUGGUAUCCCACAUGCCAGCAAACAGUCCCAAGAUUGCUGUGCAUAAUUCGCAACAUCUGAUGCGUGUCUUCCCUAAAGGUACACGUAUUUCGUCUAGGAACCUUGCGCCUGUCCCAUUUUGGGGAAUCGGUGCCCAGAUCUGCGCAUUGAACUGGCAAACGUUUGGAGCCAGUUCGCAAUUGAACGAAGCCCUCUUCUCAGGUUCCGGUGGCUACGUUUUGAAACCUGCCCCUUUACGUUUGGGUGGGGAUGGCCAUCUCAACACUGGUAGGCGAAAGCGACUCAGGUUGCAUGUGGCUGGUGCAACGGAUGUACCUCUGCCAUCAGGCCGCGACGAUGAGAUCAAACCAUACCUUACCUGCACGCUUGUUCAUCCGGAUGACCUUCAGAAUGUACCACAGAAGCGCAAGACGCAACCAUACAAGCCACACAAACUUACCGGAUUCCUCCAUAAAGAGAACCCAGCGCCGACCAAUCCAUUGUGGAAGGAGGUUCUGGAGUGGGAGUACGAUGAUAAUGAGUUGGUAUUCUUACGUCUCCUCAUCAAGAGCGAUGAUUCUUUCGCGCGCAAUCCAUUAUUCGCAGUGGCUGCAGUGCGGCUGAUGUACGCCACGCCAGGCUGGAAUUUCAUACGUAUGUUGGAUCUCAGAGGUCACGAAACGACAUGCACCCUGUUGGUCAAGCUCGAAUUUCAAGACCUAUAG